AUGGAACAAAAGUUUCCCCACCAAAUUACGAGCUACGCUGUCUUAAUGUUUGAAAAGGGAAACGACAGCGGUGCUUUUUUCCUCCAUUGCUUAGAAGGACCAGCGCGUACUGGACAUCCGGGGCGCUGGAGGGCACGUUGUUCAGCUCACCUCCGCAGCCCAACCCUACAGUACCAGCGGUCCCUGCCGGCAGCCGAGGGGCCGGAGAAGUUCAGUAACUCGCCCGGACUCACCCAGGAAGUGGCGUGGCUGCCGAGGCCGAAGACCACCCAGGCCCUCCCUCCGCCCGCGUGGCCAAAGCAAGAAGUCGCCCGAGAAGGCGCCCCGCCCUCGGCAAACUUGCUCUCUCCAGAGUUGCUGCCCCCGGCCCCGCACGUCGGGUGGACAGGGGGCGACCCGUCCCAAAUCGGGUGCCCCAAGACGCCACGAGGGGCGGGGCCGCGCCCCCAGACUGCGCGACUGAGCGGGGCGGCCAGUGGGCUUUCGGUCUUUGCGGCUGAUCCGGCCGAACACCACCAGGCAAAGGCGCAGCGCCACCCGCCCGCCCGCCGGACAGUCCCAGACCGCCGAAGCCUGGCGCCCAAGCGUCCCUUCGCGCCGCCCGCGGCCCGACACGCAACCACAAACCUGGAGCCUCAGCCGUUCUCGAGCGCGGCUCGGGACCGGGAAAGAAGGCGGCGGGCCGGCCGGGGGCGCAGAGGGUCGCGGGUGGGCGGCCUCACCACGGCCUGCAACGCGCCUGGGGUACCGCCUGUACCCCGCAGCCGCGGAGCCUUGUGCAGCACCCUGGAAAUGGGGGGCUGGGGGGCGUCUGCCGCCCCGGGGAGGGGGGCGCGCCGGGGAGGCCGGGCCGCUGCGGCCGCGCCCAUAGGUCCCGGGAGCCGUCCGUCAGCGCGGGCCCCCGCCCCCUCCCGGGACGCCCCGCCCCGUCUCGUGCGGCGCCGACCGGAAGGAAGCAGCCCACUUCCGGUCUCCAGAACGUCCUAGCCUGUGGGAUACAGCUAUCUCCACGGCACCCGGGACCCCGGGAAGAGCACUGGACUCGUGCUGCAGACCGCAGGGCCGGAGGCCAGCUUCCCCCACGCAUAUGUCCAUCACCCCGGGACCAGAGCGAGCGAUGGUGUUUGUCAUGUUUCAACAUGA